UGUAAUUAUUGGGCGAUCCGUUUGCAGAGAAGACACAACAGGGACCACAAAUAGAUGACAACCAAAUGCAACGAAUCCUCAAAUAUAUAGAUAUCGGUCGUAAAGAAGGGGCAAAACUAUUGGCCGGCGGACACCGUUGGGGAACUGAGGGGGCAUUUGUUGAGCCCACCGUUUUUGCUGACGUGACGGACGACAUGACGAUCGCGAAGGAGGAGAUCUUCGGUCCCGUCCAGUCUAUCCUCAAGUUUAAGACUUUGGAUGAAGUGAUAGAAAGGGCUAACAAUACGACCUAUGGUUUAGCCGCCGGUGCCUUCACUAAGGAUGUGAACCGAGCCCUCAAACUGACCAAAGACUUAGAGGCGGGCAAUGUUUGGAUCAAUACGUACUUUGCAUUCAAACUUCAGGCGCCUUUCGGUGGUUACAAACAGUCAGGCAUUGGCCGCGAGUGCGGAGAGGAAUCACUUCACGAGUACUUAGAAGUGAAAUCGGUUGUCAUCAAAUUGGAC